AUGGUUACACACGAGAUCAGUUCCCUAAGGUCAAGGACUCCCCAUAUUCCAUCUAACUUAUCUACGGAAGAAAUCCGAGCACUUGAUGAAAUACAACAUAAUAAUGAGAUUGUUUGCAAACCUUCUGAUAAAGGAGGAAACAUCGUCCUGAUGGAUAAAAGUUACUAUAAGGCUAUGGUGAUGAGACUGUUGAAUGAUAAAGAUACUUAUCGUAAACUUGACCAUAACCCACUUCAGGAGUUUAACCAGAAUUUACUUGAUUCCUCUUCAUGCAGUCCAUUCCUCUUCGUGCAGUCCAGUCCUCUACGUGCAGUCCAGUCCUCUACGUGCAGUCCAGUCCUCUACGUGCAGUCCAGUCCUCUACGUGCAGUCCAGUCCUCUACGUGCAGUCCAGUCCUCUACGUGCACUUCAACAGUUCAGUUUCUACAAUUGUUAAAAGCCUAGACGUGAUUAAAAUCACGGAUCAGUCAACCAUAGUGUGCAAGGGCAGAGAUCUUAUUGUUGAGAUGGAGAGGCUGUUGUAUUUGUGGAUUAAGGAAAAGCAAAUGAGAGGGGACACUGUUCCUGGACACUUUAUCUGUGAACGUGCAAAAUGCAUUUUUGAAGAGCUGAAACAUUUAGAGCGAGCAAAGGUUGGUUUGAAUGUUUCAAGCAAAGGUGUGAGGUCUGUUCUGGAAGAAAAUGCCAAAGCGAACAUUUAUCACCAGCAUGGACAUAAGCCUAUGAAAGAUCGACUAACCCUUUUGGUGGGUGCAAAUGCAUCAGGAGAUUUUAAGUUGAAACCAAUGUUGGUUUAUCAUUCAGACACACCUAGAGUCUUCAAACAGAAGAAAAUCAUCAAGGCCAAUCUAGGAGUGUUUUGGCGCUGUAACAAAAAGGCCUGGGUGACCAGACAUGUUUUCAAUGAAUGGGCAAUAGAAGUUUUUUGUCCUUCAGUUAAGGCAUACCUGGAGAGAAACAGACUGCCUCUAAAAGCAAUACUGCUGUUAGAUAAUGCUCCUGGCCAUGACCCAGCACUGGCAGAAUCAUUAGAGGCUCAGUUUAGCUUUAUUACUGUAAAAUUUCUUCCUCCAAACACCACACCUCUUCUUCAACCCAUGGACCAACAGGUCAUCUCAAAUUUUAAGAAGUUAUACACCAAGAAGAUGUUUACAAAAUGCUCUGACGCAACUGAAGCAGACAAAAAUCUGACAAUCAAAGAAUUUUGGAAAACACAAUUCACCAUCUUGGACUGUGUUAGGCUCAUUGUGAGUGCUUGGAAUGACGUUUCCAUUCGUGUGCUUAAUUCUGCUUGGAAACCUUUGUGGCCUUCUGUUGUGCAUAAGGCAGAUGUUUCUGUAGCACAAGAAGAUUCCAUUGAGACGGAAAUUGUCACUCUGGGGCAGGCUAUGGGUCUGGAAGUGGAUGAAGAUGAUGUGGAGGAAAUGAUCCAAGAUCAUGAGGUGGAACUGACUACAGAAGAGCUAAUUGAACUUGAAAAUUCAACAGAGCAUGUCAGUGGAGAAGAGGAUCAUUGUGAGGAUGACCAUGUUGUCACAGUUCAAGAACUAAAGGAUCUGUUUUCUUCCUGGGAAGUUGUAAAGAGUGUUGUCCGAAAACAACCAGACAUUGCUCUUACUGAGCUUAAAACCUGUGACUAUGAGGAUAAAGUGCUGAGCUACUUUAAAAACCUGAAGAAAAAACAGCAGAGACAAACCACAUUGGACUUCUUUUUCAAAAGGCCACGGAAGGAUCCUGACUCUGCUUCUAACACCAGAAGGACCGGAACCAACCCUGAUGAUGCUUCCAUCCUUCCAGAUGUGACUAUCCAGCUUCUAUAAAAACACCAGAAGGACAGGAACAGACUCUUCCAUCCUUCCAGAAGUUGACCAGUUUGCAGUUUACCCGUUCCCAGUUGCCUCCUACAAAG